AGGGUCUCUGCCAAAUAGCGUCUCUAGCGUUAUCUGGCACUGUAGGUGCCAAACACUGUCUCUAGCACAAUUGUAACAAUACAGUAAUGAUGUGCAAUAUAUUGUAUAACCUAUGGAUUUUAUAUUUUAAUUGUUUUACAUUCUUUGUCAGAGAACAUUGUACUGCUAAUUAGUGGAUUUACUACUGUAGCGGUGCACAAUACAUUGUAAUCGUGUGCGGAGCAUGCGAAAAUAGUUCUCUGUAACUUUUGUAGAAGUAUAUAUUUAUUUAAAUAAAAUAUUUAGUAUAAUACACCUGAAGUUAAAAUAUAUGAGGUUGCGAUACUCGGCAACAUAUUCUUAUACGAGAAUUAAGGAUGUUCUGUACACGUUCAAAGUAAAAUCAUUGAAAUGCGACACUUUUCAGCAGACAAGAUUCAAAGAUGGUGGAAAAAAUAAACUAGGCAUGCGCAAAUGAAUUCGUAUACGCGCUGACUUAUAGCACCGCCUGCGUCUGAGUCAUUGGGGAUUGCUGUGAAAAGAGAGGCAGUGAGCUGCAGUCAGACAAGAACGAUAGUGCGAUAAAGUUUUGUACAAAAACCAUGGAGCGCUACAGAAAAGAAAAAACACUGGAAAUGCGCAAGAACCUCAUAGGGUUGUCCUGCAAACUGUUUUUUCCUGACAAUCCUGUGAAGAUUAUCAGAGCUAAGGGCCAGUACUUGUAUGAUGAAGAGGGCAGACGCUAUCUGGACUGCAUCGGCAAUGUUCAUCAUGUUGGCCAUUGCCACCCACUGGUUGUCCAGGCAGCCUCGUCACAGAUGGAAGUGCUGAACACAAACACUCGCUUUCUCCAUGAUCACCUGGUAGAAUACGCACAAAGACUCUCCCACACGCUACCGGAGAAACUCAACGUCUUCUAUUUUGUCAACUCAGGCUCCGAGGCGAAUGAUCUUGCCCUUCGAUUGGCUCGUCAAUACACCCAGCAUGAAGAUGUCAUUGUUUUGGACCAUGCGUACCAUGGGCAUUUGACAUCGCUGAUCGACAUUAGCCCCUACAAGUUCCGAAAACUUGAAGGACAAAAGGAAUGGGUUCAUGUGGCCCCAAUUCCUGACACCUACAGGGGCAAGUAUAGGGAAGAUCACAAAGAUGUGGACCAAGCUUACGCUGAUGAAGUGAGACAAGUAAUAGAUAAAGCACACAAGAGAAACAGGAAGAUUGCUGCAUUUUUUGCUGAGUCAUUGCCAAGUGUUGGAGGGCAAAUCAUUAUACCAGCUGGCUACUUUCAGAAGGUAGCAGAGUACGUGCGCAGAGCGGGUGGAGUCUUUGUUGCUGAUGAGGUGCAGGUGGGGUUGGGCAGAGUUGGGAAACACUUCUGGGCAUUCCAGCUUCAGGGAGAAGACUUCACGCCUGACAUCGUCACUAUGGGCAAACCCAUAGGAAAUGGACACCCCCUUUCCUGCGUGGCUACAACACAGGAAAUAGCAGAGGCUUUCACUGCGACAGGGGUGGAGUACUUCAACACUUUUGGAGGGAACCCAGUCUCAUGUGCGAUUGGACUGGCGGUUUUAGAUGUCAUUGAGAAAGAGGAUCUUGGUGGCAAUGCGACGAAGGUGGGCAGCUACCUCCUGGGACUGCUGAAUGAGCUGAAGAACAAGCACCCCAUUAUUGGAGAUGUCAGAGGUGUUGGGUUGUUUAUUGGGGUGGAUUUGGUAAAGGAUCCAGAAGAAAGGACUCCAGCCACAGAAGAAGCAGACUAUGUGGUGAAAAGAUUAAAGGAAGAAUAUAUCUGCAUGAGUACAGACGGGCCUGGGAGUAAUGUCCUCAAGCUUAAACCACCAAUGUGCUUCAAUAUGGAAGAUGCCAAAUUUGUUGCUGAAAAAAUAGACCUGAUACUGACAGAUAUGAAGGGGAAUUUAAAAGCCACUGACGCAGUGUCUGGCUGAGAGAAGAUCUGUGUUUUGGAUAUUCAUUUCCAAUGAGUGGAUCUGCCUUAAAUUUUAGUCAGUGUUGUCUAUGUUAAUAUUAACUGUCAAGCAGUAUGUGAUUUUUUAUUACUUUGAUAAAUGCAGUGCUUGUGCAACUUUAAUCCAGCCCUGGUUAAUGUACUGUGCUGCUUCCAGUAAAAAAAAAAAAAAAAAAAAAAAUACAACAA